AUGGCCAAUGUUCCUUUCCCCGGAGCUCCAGGAGCUCCAGCAUACAGCAUCUCUUCGGGCCCACGUCGUUCAUCCUACGCCUCCGUCGUUUCAGGAAACGCUUUCUCCCCUCCUAUUUCCAGCUCAUUCUCUCAUCUACUCAACGCCAACCCCAUCUCUUCCUAUCCACCGCUUUCUCAGUCCGACGGCCAUCUCCACCGGGCCUUGUCCGGGUUGGAUGCCGAUAUGCAUCUAAACUCGGCCUGGAGGUCCACCACCUCUUCGGAUUCCCUACCAGCUUACUCUCGUAAAUAUGCUGGGGCGACUGCACGUUCGACAGACAUCCCGCAAGGCCUUAGUCUCGGACUAGGCGAGUCCUCCUCCUUCUUCACACCUUCUUAUCUUAGUCGCUCCCGCUACAUCUCUCGACUCGAUGCUGCCCACCGAGCCAAAGUCGCUGCCCAUCAUCGUGAGGCAUCUUCAGGCACCUCUUCCUCCAAUCCUCCUCUGUCUGCAUCCUCCAGCCAUGUUCAUCUCCAUCGUAUGGCUCCGUCUCACCGUGGCAUGACCUAUGACCUCAUCGAGAAAGAACCUCCCACUACUUCCGACAACAUCAACCCUCUCCCCACCCAGUGGAGCUCCUUAGACAAAUACACCGGUCUAGAACUGUCGAGCGAUGGCCUCGAAGUGCGCUACACCGGUCCAAUACACAAGCAUGACCAUGAAGCUGCUGCACUGCGUGCCGAUAAUCCCAUGCCACCUCAGUGCGGCAUAUACUAUUUUGAAAUAAAAAUCGAAUCCAAACCUAAGGAGGGCAUGAUCGGAAUCGGGUUUUCAAGUCCAAAGGCAUCCGUUGAGAGACUCCCCGGCUGGGAGCAGGAAUCAUGGGCAUAUCAUGGUGAUGAUGGAAAGUCAUUCUUCGGCGAAAGUCAAGGACAAGGCCGGCCGUAUGGACCAACCUUUGGGGUUGGUGAUACGGUCGGAUGUGGAGUGAACUUUUCCACAGGAGAAGCCUUUUUCACGAAAAAUGGAGCCUGGCUAGGAACUGCCUUUCAUGAACUGCGAAGCGUUAAGCUUUAUCCAUCCGUGGGCAUGAAGAAACAGCCACCCGUACAUUUGAAGGCGAAUUUUGGUCAGGAGCCGUUUGUGUUUGACAUUGAUGGCAUGGUUGAGCACGAAAUGAACAAGAUCAAUGCCGAUAUCAGGGCCACAAGCCUCACCAGCUUACAGCCCCCACUUGACGAAUCAUCACUGCUUCAGGAGCUAGUAGCCCAAUUUUUGGCACACGAUGGCUACGUGGAAACCGCGCGGGCGUUUGCUGAAGAGGUGGCUACCGAAACCGCAGCUCUACAAAAGGGCCACGAUGAGCCACUGAAGAAGUAUGAGGUUGAAGAAGAUCGCGAGGCAAUUAACAGGAACCGAAUUCGAGCUGCUAUUCUGGAUGGAGACAUUGACAAAGCCCUCAAACAUACCAAGGCCUAUUAUUCCAACGUCUUGGAAGACUACCCUCAGAUUUACUUCAAAUUACGAUGUCGCAAGUUCCUCGAGAUGAUGCGUCGCUCGAACGAAUUGUCAGCCGAAGUUGCCGACGAAGCCCAGAAACGCCGACGCUCGGCAUCUCCAGGAAUUGCAGAUGAACAUGCGGUGUUUGACCAAGAGAUGGAGCUUGAUGAUAGCGAAGCCUGGGAUGCCGAUGGAAUGGACACCGAGGAACCCGAGGCAGCUGCACAAUUUAAUCAGCUUCUGACAGAGGCAGUUCAAUACGGUCAGCAACUACGCAUAGACUACCCAUCUGAUGAGAAUGGCGGCGACAAGAAGAUGCUGGACGAUAUUUUCUCACUGGUCGCGUAUGCCGACCCUAAGCGCUCUGUGCAUGGCCAUUAUCUUGCUCCUGAGGGCCGAGUGGCCGUGGCAGAGGAACUCAACUCAGCUAUUUUAGUGUCUCUUGGAAAAUCAUCUACUGCUGCUUUAGAGCGAUUGUACCAGCAAACUGAAGCCCUGGUAAACGAGCUCAGUGAAGACGGCGGCGCUGGGGCGUUCAUCAAUGUUCGGGAUAUAGCUUUCCCAUGA